AUGUCUUCAACACCAACGCCAACGACUACACGAACAGCAGAGUCAUCCGACCGACGUCUGCUCAUCACAGGCCUCACUCUCGGCCUAAUAGGUCUCAUAGCUGUCUUUAUCAUUAUCUAUUGGACCCUCCGCCUCAAAAUCCCGCAAUCUAUACCUACCCUCGCCGACCCAGAAUCUUUGCCAACGAGAAGAUCUUCCCCGAAAUCAGCCUUGAAUUCCUCCUCGUCCUCCUCGUCAAAAGGAGGAAAUCUCGUCCGAAAAGCGACCACAACCCUCUCUUCCUUCUCCAACAACCUCAACACUCGCCACAACAAGUUGAACUUCCCAGCAAAAAUCACACCCUUCGGCUCUUCCAACGACGACCAGCACUCUCAAAAACCCAAAUUCAUUCAUAUACCGGGGCAGAACAUGCGUAUAGCGACACGACUGCCAAACGGUGCAUGGACGUUCUCAGAGCCGGAUGUGAGGACGAACAGGAGAAGUAUGGCUUGGAGUACAUUCGAUGGAGGCGGUAGCGGUAGGCAAAGUGGAUUUGGAUUUGGAAGUACGUCUGGAACAGGGUACAGAGGGAUUGACGCAUCGUCUGUAUCCCAAGUAUCUCCCACCUCGUCCACAUUUUUCUCACAUAAACCGAGAUUUUUGGGAGGUCCUGGAAUUGCUGCUGCUGCUGGUAGUGGGCUUGCAGUCGAAUCAUCGUUGUCUGUAAAUACUCAAGGACUUCCGGUCUCUUCUUUGUCCUCGCCGUCGCCGUACUCGGCGGAUAGUCAUUCGACUUCGCCGUUGAUCCCUCAUUACGAUCUUGGAUUGGGGCCCGUUACGUGUGCCUCGAACGAGAAUCCGUUUGAUUCGCCUGUGACGGAGCAGAUGCAGAUGAAGGAGAAGGAAGAAGAAGCGCAGUAUGGGUUCCAAGAACCUGAGGCUCCUCCACCUGCGUAUACGGAGGAGAGGUACCGGGUUAGAGAACGAGAUGGAUGGGUGUGA